UGAAGGAAAACAAGGUAGCCAAGUUUGGUGUCAUCGAGAGCGCACACUCGACAACUGCUCUGCUAUCCUGCAGUGGCAGUGCCUCAGGCAUGGCGGAGGACCUCCAGCUUCCUUCCGACCUGCUCGACGACGGAUUCUUCCACGACUUCUUUGUGGAGCGCGGUGUGAGUGUUCCUGCUGGGAGCAAAGGCGACAAAGGCGGCGACUUGGCCGGCCUCGUGAGGCGGAUGGGGAUGGCUCGCCCUUUCCUACACGACGACGGCGAGGCGUGGAAUCUGCACGCUGAGCCCGCCGGAUGGGGCGCGGAGCACCGACGGCGGAGCAAGCAGGAGCGUGGGCUUCUGAACCGACCUCUGGGGUACCCCCUCGGUCCCUUGCUGGCUUUGCAUCAGCUGCAGGCGGCUCGAAUCCUUCACCUGAAGCAGCAGCAAUUACUGCAGCAGCAACUGCACGCCGCGUGGGAAGAAACACAAAGCCAAGCGACAAGAGGCCUGCCUUCUUCCCGUCGGACUUCUUUUCCACUCCACCACCAACCCCACCCUGAAUCCGGCACGAGAGCACUCUUCCUUUGGCACUCCGGCGCGAGGAAAGAGUCCGCAGGCACCGGAGUCUUCCUCCCACGGACGACCGGCAACAAACCUGAGCAGCAAAAUCAGUCAGAUCCAUUUAUGAGAAGAGCAAACCCUGUGAGGAGCCAAAGGCAUGGCCAGCCUGCAGCCACUGCGACCUGCCUUCCUGAGGAGUGGACCUAUUGACCAACUUCACCAACUCUCUUACUAGUUGUGUGCAUUUGGAAUUAAUCGGAGUCGAACAGGUACAAGUAAAGAGGAACAUCACCAGCUCACAGUGGGCGUAGGUAUUAUUAAUCGUAAUGGCAAAAGAAUUCAUUAGCUUCUGGAGGAGGGCAAGUUUCUGGUUUGAACCUCACGCUGGGGUUUUGCUUAAACUGAAAGGAUGAAUGGACAGGAGGAAUGAAAUAAUGCAGGUUUAGUAGGGAAGGAUAUGUCGACAAUAAGCUCCUGAUUUUACUCGUUUUGUAGGCUUCAAGGGCAAUCAAUGUAUCUCAUUAAUGCUAACUCUUUUAAUGCUCUGAUUGAUAUC